AUGCUUCUCGGCUAUCCAAAAACCGCUUUCAGACAAUAUUUCCGUUCUAAUCACGAUUCUGAAACUAUUAGCCAUUACUUGGUUCACCGAGCCAUAGACAAUGCAUAUAUCAGCAUAGACCGACGCCAGUCGUCCACAUUCCAUAUCUCCAGCUACUCAGAUCUGCAAAAAGAAUACAAAGAAUCAGGAUAUACCCAUCGUUUGCCGAUUAUCAAUCGCUUUGAUGUGCUUCGUCAGUGGCUUCGGCUGUGUGACAAGCAGCAUUCAUGCAUGCAGGAAGUGCGUCAGGUCGUGCCAAAGCGCGUCAUUUUCGUUGGAACAGAUCAUUCAGAUCAGCUGCAACUCCAGGAGUCCGCACAUAUAACACAGCCAUUUGACUAUAUAACGCUAUCGCACUGCUGGGGCAAGCCGACCGAUGAGGAGAUGGAGAAAUUCCGUACCACACCUCGAAACUACCAGAAACGACUAGAGGGGUUCAGCUAUCCCAGCCUUCCAAAGGUUUUCCAGGACGCUAUUACAGUGACCCGAGAAUUGAACAAGCAGUAUCUUUGGAUUGAUGCUCUCUGCAUCAUUCAAGGUGACCAGAAAGACUGGGAGCAGGAAGGUGCAAGGAUGGACAAAGUAUUUGCCUCUGCAUACUGCACAAUCGCGUCAAGUUCAGCAUCCGGUUGGAACGAUGGCUUCCUCAAUCGCACCCAGGAUUUCAGUCAAUCAGAGGAAGUCAGCUCCGAUCAAAAGAUCAUUGAUGACUUUUGUAAGCUUGUUGAUGAAGGCCAACUGCAUACACGGGCCUGGGUGUUACAAGAAAGAGUACUUUCCCGCCGAACUAUCUAUUUCACUGCGCAACAGACAUAUUGCGAAUGUGGAAGGGGAGUUCGUUGCGAGAAUUUCACCACAUUAGGAUGUCCCCUUACUAGAUUAUAUCUACUUGACUCACGGUUUCCUGAGCGGCUCGUAAUCGCAGGUUAUAAAUCUGUAGCCUUAUUUCUCCAAGAGCUUAUCACGGACUACUCUCGUCGUGAUCUUACCUUUCCGGAAAAGGAUAAGGUAGUUGCAUUUUCCGGCAUAGCUGAGCGUAUUAAGGAAGCUCUAGCUACUGAAGUCAAAUACGGUGUCUUCCGUUGCUUUCUUCCUCGGCUCCUCUUGUGGAAGCGGGCUGGAACGGAGAAAGAUCGAAUCUCUUACGACGAUGAUCGUGUGCCGUCGUGGUCUUGGAUGCUUUAUAAUGGUAAAAUUGACUUUCUAACACAAUCGGAUCUUCAAGUCCCAAGGCACCAAAGCCUAAGCUUUGACAACUCCGAGCGCAGCAUCAAUAUCGAAGUUCGACAACUUGAAGAUUGUUAUACGCGAGAAAGGGAUGGAGAGCAUAUAAUAUUCACCAAGACAAAGAAGGUGGAAGUUACAACGGAAGUCGAAGCUACGAAGGAAGUCGAAGUCGGCGUCCUACAUUUCGACAUGGGUUCGGCGGCCGAGGUUGAGUCUCGAAACUGUGUCGUCAUCGCAUUGAGUCGAGAUGACGAUAAGGAUGACCCUAACAAGGAAUACUAUAUACUUGCCGUACAAAGAACGUUGGGAGAGGAAGAGUAUGAAAGGCUGGGAGUUGGGCGAGUGCGAGCAUGCUACGUCUCGAAAGGAAGUACUUCUGGGAAGCUUCUGUGA